AAAACUUUCAGAGACAAAAGAGUUUCGUUCUGGAAAAACGUCAACAAAACCUUGGACACCAACUUGCCUUUCACUUGCGAGUGAGUGGUGAAAUACGAAAGGAUGAGCAAUCGAAAGCAGAUCGAUUGCUUGAUAGAAAGUGACGAUGAAGAUCUGUCUUUAGGCAGAGAUUGGGCCAAAGUCGAAGAGAAUGUGAAAAAUAAUGGUUUUCGCAUGGGACUAGAAGCAAGUCAGGAAGACAAGCCAGAUGCUCAAUGCGGUUUCAACUCUGGGUUCAGAGAAGCUUUGCAGAUGGCUCUUGCAGCAGGGAAAUUGGAUGGAGAAAUCUGCGCAAGAUUGACCCUACCAGGCUUGAAUCAAGCAAGCAGCACUGAGUCAACAGCAGCUGAACAGAAAACUGCUGAAGGUGACAGGAAAAGAGAACAAGUUACCGGUAGCAGUGCAGCGAUGUCACUGCAGAACAUCUUGACUGCCAACUCCGUACUUAUUGAAGAAAUACCAGCGUUCCUUUCUCCAACUUUCCACGAGAAGAUAGCUUCAUUUGGCUCUGUGAAAGAAAACUUUGGCAGUCUGAAAGAUGACUCCUCUCACAUUGUGUCAGAGAAGGAAGUUAAGUCUUGUGAUAGUGAUGGAAACAGUCAGAGCCAUAGGACUGAUGUGAAAGACUCUUCUGUGUGCGAGGCUGUGUGUAGUAGUCAGUCUCCAUUCUGGAAUCAGUUGGAGUCUUUUAAAGCUCAGGCCCACUCCAUUGAUUUUGAUUUGCCUACUUGAGCUGCUUAAUAUGCUCAAGAGCUCGGCUGUAUCAAC